AUGGACGAUACUCGAGCGCUGGUAGCCGACUUUGACGGUCGCGAGAAGAGCGUUGUGGAGAGCUUCCCUGGAGUGCCUUAUACGAAAGUUGAUUCCAAUGAUUACCGCUGCAAAAGAGGCAUUAAGGAUGAAGAUUAUCAGCGCAGUGCUGUAAACGUGAGAAAUUGUCGUCUUACUUCUCUGCUGGAUUUGGAUCAAGGCCGCCCUUGGGUACGGAAAAUGAUGACUGGUUACCUCAACAAGUUGAUUGAGUACGGUGUCGCGGGCUUUCGGUAA